CGUUGUUAUCAAUGACUGUUUUGACGGCCGACGGGUGACGAGCACAUUUUGUACACAAUUCCAAUUUCAACUCUCAACUCGUUCGUCAGUGUCUAGUCAGUACUUCUAUUGUUUAGACUACCAAUUCAAAAAAAGCCUUUCUUCCUUUUCCACCCAACAACAUGCCAGUGUUUAAAGUAAAAGUUAAAUGGGGAAAAGAAGUGUAUCCUGAUGUAGAGAUAAAUACAGAUGAGCCGCCACUCGUGUUCAAGGCACAGCUAUUUGCUUUGACCGGCGUCAAUCCCGUUCGUCAAAAAGUGAUGAUGAAAGGUGGCACACUCAAAGACGACGUCUGGGGCAAUGUACAAAUCGUAGAAGGUCAAAAUAUACUCAUGAUGGGUAGUAAGGACGAAGAUGUUCCUAAGGAACCUACGAUCAAACCUAUGUUUGUUGAAGAUAUGACUGAAACACAACUUGCCACUGUUACUAAUAUGCCUGCUGGUCUUACCAAUUUGGGCAAUACUUGUUAUUUGAAUGCAACUGUUCAGUGCCUCAAAACUGUUCCUGAAUUGCGACAAGCCUUAUCUGAUUUUAAUGCUGCAUCAUCUUCUACUUUAUCAAAUUUUGUACCGGCUGAAAAGAUCACCAUAGCAUUAAGUAAUUUAUAUCAAACCAUGGAGAGUAACCAGACUAUUCCACCACUUGUACUUUUACAAGUAUUACAUCAAGCAUUCCCACGAUUUGCUGAAAAAGUAGAAGGGCAUUAUAUGCAACAGGAUGCUAAUGAAUGUUGGGUUGAACUUGUUCGAAUGCUACAACAAAAGUUACCAGCUCUAAAAAAUAAGAACGAUGAAAAGCAAAUAACUAAUUACAAAUCUGCAAUUGAUCAAUUUUUUGGUGGUUCAUUUGAUGUUGAAUGGAAAUGUGUUGAAAGCGAUGUGGAAGAAGUAACUAAAACAACUGAAUCAUUUCUUCAACUGAGUUGUUUUAUAUCCCAAGAAGUCAAGUACAUGCAUUCUGGAUUAAAAAAUAGAAUGCAAGAAAAUAUUACCAAACAUUCACCUGUUCUUGGCAAAGAUGCUGUUUAUACAAAAACUUCAAAAAUUAAAAGACUGCCAGCAUAUCUGACUAUUCAGUUUGUGCGAUUUUUCUAUAAAGAAAAGGAUAGAAUUAAUGCAAAAAUUUUAAAAGAUAUUAAAUUUCCAAUUGAAUUUGAUGCAUUUGAACUGUGCACACCAGAACUUCAAGAGAAACUUGUACCAGUUAGAACCAAAUUCCAGGAGUUGGAAGAUAAAUUAGCCCAUGUAGGAGUAAAGUCAACUGCAAAAGAAUUAGCAGAUUCUAAAAACGAAGAAAAACCUACAGCUCCAUAUUGGUUUGAAGAUGAUUAUGGUUCAAAUAAUUCCGGUUACUAUUCUCUUCAAGCUGUCUUAACCCAUAAAGGUAGAUCAAGUUCUAGUGGCCAUUAUGUUGGUUGGGUUCGACAUUCACCAACAUCUGACAAAUGGAUUAAAUGUGAUGAUGAUACAGUUACAUCGGUGACCACUGAAGAUAUACUUAAACUAUCCGGUGGAGGUGAUUGGCAUUGUGCAUAUGUUCUACUGUAUGGUCCAAAGCUUCUUCCAGCAGAUAAUUCAUCAGCUUCUAGUUAAAUUCAUUCUGUUAGUUUUCUUUCACAAGAAAAAAAUGGAUUCCAAAACAUAUAUAUAUAUUUUUUAAAGCAUUAUUUCUUUUA